AAUCCCUGCCAAGGCGGCUCCCAGGCACUUUCGCAGCAGAAACAUUUUGCAGGGAUUGAGGGAAGCGCAGAGAAGGAGAUGUUUUGCCUCCCGGCCGGUGCCUACCGGUGUUCACGUCGCCCACCGUGGCCUGUUUGUAGUGGCUGUAGAUGUCCAGCAUCUCCUGGUCCGUGGGCUGCGACUUCAGCUGCUUCACCUCCUCGGCAGCCUUCUGGAAUGCGGCCUGGGGGGAAGGCGGCAGGGGGGUUCCUCCAUGCUGCUUAGGAGCAAGUGGCUCAGAGCUGGUUCUGAUGUCAGCUGAAGGCUGCACCCUCACGGUCCGCCUGGUGCGCUCCUUCCAGCACCGCAAUUUCCGGCCCCUGGUGUUCCACGGCGUCCCCUUGGAGCAGACGGUGCGGGAGUUCAUGGCCUUCGUGCGCCAGGAUGUGUCUUCAAGAUCAGGACUUCCUCCUCCUUUUAAAAAUUACAAGUAUGAUACAAUGAAGAUUAUUCACCAAGCACACAAAUCUAAGACUGGUGAGCUUGUAGUGAGUUUGGAAGAUGAUGACAAACUGAUUUUGAAGGAAGACAGCACGCUGAAAGCAGCUGGAAAAAUGAGACGGAAUUAGCAUUCUUCUGUGAGGAAGAUUACAGAAACUACAGAGCUAAUCCUGUUUCGGCCUGGUGAAGAUCCCAAGAGAUUGUUUUGUUUUCCCAUACCUGUUGUAAAUUUUCCUUAUUCUGCUUAAUGAGAUUUUUCUUAAAGAUCAAUAAAUCCUAGAGGAUUUCUUUGCAAA